CAUCGAUGGUCACCCAAAGUUUGGCUAUAAAAAGCCCUGAUGGCAGAUGGAGCCAAGUGCAGUCGAUUUUUGGAUUAAUCAGCGAAAUCAUCUACCCAGCAGCAGCAAUCAUGAAGUACCUCGCCCUCACCAUCUUUGUGUGCCUUGUGGCCAUCGCCUUCGUUUCUGCCGUGCCCGUGGACGAGUCCUUGAUCGGCGACAAUAUCUACCAGCCUGCCUUCGACGAUGUCCAGCGUCCCCAGGAUCCGCAGUCCCUCUUCAAGCUGAAGAAGCUGCUCAAGCUGAAGAAGCUCGUGGGUUAGGAGAAUAUUCGCAGGCCAUUUGCUAAGCACCGUUCAGAUUCUAGUCCAGCCAAUUGGGAACCUUGCCUCCCCCACUGCAUUCGAU